UUCCUGUGAGGUGAAAACCUGCAGAGUGGUGUGGCGCUUCGUUUGUGCCAGUGCUCCUGAUGUAUCCCCUCAGUGGCCGUCUGCGGCCUGGGAGAAGCAGAGCAUCCAGGUCUUCUCUGCAUCCGGGCCCUCUCUAGCUGGGCUCUGUCUGAGGCGGGGCUACCGUACGCGGACCCAUCUCAGCAGCUUGCAGAGCCCCGGGGAGAGUCUAGCUUCCCAGGGGAGCCUGGCGGAGGAGCUGUGAUGACAAAUGGCCAGUGUCCUGAAUCCUUAAGUGCUUGCUUCCCAGAGCCCUGCCUUGUCUCAAAGAGAAGAGAACAAUGACCAAGUUACAGGAGGCAGUGACGUUCAGGGAUGUGGCCGUGUUCUUCAGUGAGGAGGAGCUGAGGCUGCUGGACCCCGCCCAGAGGAAGCUGUACCACGAUGUGAUGCUGGAGAACUUCAGGAACCUCCUGGCAGUGGGAUGCCAGAGUCGAAAUAAGAUGGCGCCUCUUGAUGCAACAGGAAUAAGAUGCCUUUCACUGGGGAAGCUUCCGUGCUGGCAAAUGACAGACCAUGAUGUCAACAAACCGGCCAGAGCUCCAGAAGCUGUAAUCAACACUCAAGGAAAGAGUUCUCACUUCCUGGAGCAAUGCCGCUCCUCCUGCCAUGAGGGAGCAGAACAGCCUUCUCAGGCCUCCGAGAAUGAUGGCUGUCUUGAGAGUCUCACAAGCAAUCAUUCCAGCAUUAGUGAAAAUCAGAAAUUUCUGUCUGGGAGAGAUCAGAGUUCUUGGAGUAAAACACAUCUUAGUGAGAGGUGGAACCAUGGGAAACACCAUCUGCAGACUCUUGUGAAAACCAAGCCCCAGCUGUUGGCUCCAGGUGUUGACAUUCUGGGUUGCAUUUCCCACCAUUAUAACAAUAUACCACAUAAAGGAGACAAAAUCCACAGCAGCAAUGACUGGGAUGAAGUCAUCUUUCCUGUGACACUCCUCACUCAGGGUUGUGUUUACAGAGAACAGAAGGCCUACCAGUGCAGCGAGGGCCAAGAAGCCUUCAAUGACAGCCCUAGUCUGGAACUUCAUCAACAGAGCCUCUUAGGAAAGAAGUCUUCUGUAUGUAGUACUCACAAGGACACUAGGCAUAGCUCCAGUGUCCCCACUCAACAAAGCAUUCAUCCAGGAAAAAAACGCUACUGGUGUCAAGAGUGUGGCAAAGGUUUCAGUCACAGCUCAACUCUUCAGACUCACCAGAGAGUGCACACGGGGGAGAAACCCUACUGGUGCGACAGCUGUGGGAAGGGCUUCAGCCGCAGCUCUGAUCUCAGCAUCCAUCGCCGAGUACACACAGGAGAGAAACCUUACAAGUGUGAGGUGUGUGGGAAAGGCUUCACACAGUGGGCACACCUCCAGGCCCACGAGAGAAUUCACACAGGAGAGAAGCCAUAUAAGUGUGGAGACUGUGGCAAACGGUUCAGCUGUAGCUCAAACCUUCACACCCACCAGAGAGUCCAUACCGAGGAGAAACCGUACAAGUGUGACGAGUGUGGGAAAUGCUUCAGCUUAAGUGGCAACCUAGAUAUCCAUCAGCGGGUCCACACAGGAGAGAAGCCAUAUAAAUGUGAAGAGUGCGGGAAGGGUUUCAGUUCGGUCUCAAGCUUCCAAAGCCACCAGCGGGUCCAUACAGGGGAGAAGCCGUUUCACUGUGAUGUCUGUGGGAAGAGCUUCAGUCGGAGCUCUCACUUUCUAGAUCACCAGAGAGUUCACACUGGGGAAAAACCAUACAGAUGUGAUGUGUGUGGGAAGCGCUUCCCCUGGAGCUUGAGCCUCCACAGUCACCAGAGUGUCCACACUGGAGAAAAACCAUAUAAAUGUGAGAAGUGUGGGAAGGGCUUCAGUCAGGCCUCAAGUCUGCAGGCCCAUCACAGUGUCCACACUGGUGAGAAACCAUUCAAUUGCAGUGUGUGCCAGAAGCAGUUCAGCAAGGCCUCAAACCUCCAGGCCCACCAGAGGGUGCACACAGGGGAGAAGCCCUACAAAUGUGACAUGUGUGGGAAAGCCUUCAGUCAGAAGUCCAGUCUCCAAGUCCAUCAGAGAAUUCACACUGGGGAGAAGCCAUUCAAGUGUGAGGAGUGUGGGAAGGAAUUCAGAUGGAGUGUGGGGCUCACUGCUCACCGGAGGGUCCACACGAGAGAGAAACCCUACACGUGUCAGGAGUGUGGGAAGGGUUUCAGUCAGGCCUCGUAUUUCCAUAUGCACCAGAGGGUCCACACUGGAUAGACACCCUAAAUCUGCAGCAUCUGCUGUAAGGGCUUCAGUCAGAGAUCACAUCUUAUCUUCCACCAGAGGGUCCACACUGCAUGGAAUCUUUAGUUUCUGCUGUCAGGUGGGCUCUACGUUGCUGAUUGUUAAAAGUGCCCCCCAAAACACAGAGGCUUCAGGAGACUAUAUACGCUCUUUAUUUUGGUAUUUUUGCCCUUAAUUUAAUCUCCUACUGUACUCCUUAUGCAAAAGGAAGAUAGUGUUUUCAAAUGGAUUUUCUUAGCAUACAAAUAAAGAAUUUAAAAAAGGAAUAUAGAAAAGGAUUCUGAUUUGAUUAUGAAAAGAAAAAUUGGCAAUUGUGGGAAACAGACCCAACAGGAAUUAUAAGGCAUCGUACUAAUGCUGAGUAUAUCAUUAUUAGCAAUCAAUAAAGACUGGCAAAGAGCUUGUAGCAACUGUUUGCGCGAAAUUAACAACAAAUACCCUAAAAGCAAGUCACUUCAACUUACAAAGUAAUUGGGUUCACCCUCAUAUUGUAAAAAGAACACAGAUUCCUGAAGUCCUUACGUUUUAUAUUAAUGCAAAAUAAGUUGGGAAUGGCUGGUUAUAAUUCAGGAAAAAAAAUUGGCAAAGUCAUUCAAAGCCCGUACCUUUCAGUUCCAACAUCAGAGUUCUAUGACACUCUUAUGGUAUUAUUAGAUUUUCUUGAAUCUCUUCAUAUAGUUACUGCUCUCAAUUUGCAGAAGUGUUGUUUGGUAUAUAGAAACUGCUGAACUUACUCAUUAUGACCAAAAUUCACUUCACUGUUUCUUCAACUACAAAAAGGACAGAGAAAUUCUCCAUUGUAUGUAACACAUGUCAGAUUCCACACAGGCCCUCUAGCACAAGGUAACGAUGAAACUGUUCACCUGUUGAUGGGGAAUGUACUAGAAGCCUCAAAUUUUCAUAAGAAACACCAUGGUAAGAGUAAAGGUCUAAAGGGGCAUUUUUCUAUCGUUUGACAAGCCAAGGAAAUUAUAAGAAAAUAUCCUAUUUGUACUUUAUAUAACCAAACUCCAUUACUUGCAGGGAGUAACCCGAAAGGUACCCAAAGAAAUUAAACUUGGCAAAUGGAUGUGUUUUGUUUCCCAGAAUCUGUAAAAUUAAAGUAUGCAUACCAUACCAUAUUCAGGAUAUCAAUAGGCAACCGCUUUAAGUUCUAGAAACUUGGUUCUGUAAUUGCACAUUUAUUUGAAGUUAUGGCAAUUAUGAGAAUACCUGGGCAGAUUAAAAUGACAUGU